GUUGUGCACGUGUAAUUGACACAAGGGCUGAUGGAGAAGAGGUGGCGGGUUUCGGAGCUUGGGUAGGGAUCCCUCCGGUGGGCAAUGCAGCCUCGGGUUAAUGCAAUUCAUUAAAUGCAGCGACGGGGAGGUGGCGGUCGAUUGCAAUUCGCCGAGGAGAGUGUUUCUGAGGAGAGAGAGAGAGAAGCGGCGGCGGCGGCGGGAGGCAGAGACGGUGGGUGGGUACAGUAUUGUCCGGGUCGGUGAGGAUGAGAUGCCCGUGAGCCGGUGCUGGGUUCCGCGAAGCCAUGGCUCCGGGACCUGAGCUGAGAUGGCAGAGCCGCCGCUGCCGCCGCCGCCGCCGCCCCCCGAGUGCCUGACGGCGCCGUUCAGCCGGAGGCUCUCGGCUCUGAGCUCUGCCCCGUGCCCGGGCGAGCCGCCAGCCUCGGCCGCUCUGCCCAUGGGGCUGCAGGGCUUCAGCAACCAGCCCGCGGCGGCUGGCGGGGCCCUAGCGGGCGGAGACAAUGUAUCCUUUCAGAUGGCUACAGUAUCCCCGGGCACCCAGAUGGCUACAGUAUCCGCGGGCACCCAGAUGGCUACAGUAUCCGCGGGCGCCCAGAUGGCCGCAGUAUCCGCGGGCGCACAGAUGGCUACAGUAUUCCCGGGCACCCAAAAAGCUCCAAUUCUGACUGGCACCAGAAUGACUACAGUAUCUACAAGAUCCCAAAUAGUUUCAGUGCCCACUGGUUCUGGAACGGUUACAGCGUCUGGGGGCACUGUGCACGGCGAGGGGGCACGGAAGCCACGCCACCAUCCCCAUCGCCUUCCUCGGGACCUCCUGCUGACCCUCGAUCCUGUCCUCAGCACCCUUUCUGCUGGCCAGGAGGUGGUAAGCAGCAACUGCAGGAGGAGAGCCUUGGAGAGCCCGUGCCCGAUGCCAGCCCCUUGUCCGUGGCAGGGAGAGGGUGGUGGCGGCCUUCAAGGAAACAGGAGCGAUGCCCAGCUGUGCCCUAAGCGGAAAAGACUGGAAAACGGGGAUAGUCCUGGUGGUCUAAGCCUGGUGAAUGGCCACAGCGAGGAUCCUGGCCCUGGCAAGGAUGCCAAGUGGAAGAAAGAGGAGGAUGAAAAUGUUGCACCCUUGGGGUGCCAGGAGGCUAAUGCGAUGGGCAGAGCAGCGCAGGACAUGCACUUGAGACUGCAGACCCAGGAUUUGGUCAAUAACUACAUUGUGCCCUGCAUGAACUGCUAUGGCAUCUGCGUCAAGGACAACUUUCUGGGGGAGGGACUGGGCAGUAAGGUCCUCCUGGAAGUGCUGAGCCUUCACCGGAAUGGGAUCCUGAUGGACGGGAAAGUGGUCAGCCCUCUCAGUGUGCCCACCAGGAGUAUCCGAGGUGACAAGAUUGCCUGGGUGGAUGGCAAGGAACAAUCCUGCACCAACAUUGGCCUUUUGAUGGCCAGGAUCGACGAACUGAUCAUCUACAGUGCUGGCAGGCUGGGGACAUACAUGAUCAACGGGAGGACUAAGGUACGCCAUUACUGUCUGGUAUUUUGAUGGGAAGGAGCGCAUCGAAGCCAAAGAGCGAUUUAAGAAAGCUUCUGCUCAGAAGGCUCUGCAGUUUACCCAGACCAGUACGGCGUAGGGUCCAGUUGGACAGGACCAGGACCCAUGCCCCCCUGCCCGUCUCUCUUCAGCUGCCCACCCUCCCCACCCACCAUCUCCAGUGAGCAGAGGGAUUGAUUGUGCUGAGCUGGUUUUGAGUCAUCGACCCUCCAGCUCCUCCAUCCACCAUCCACUGGGCUGGCCUGUCUCUCCAUCCAUCGUCCUGGGGCCUCUCGAUGCAGCAGCUCCGUUUACUACAGACCACAGUGUUCUUCAAAAUAACACGAAACAACAGGCCAAGGGUGACCAGGGGCAGCAUUUAACCCUUCGCUGUGCAUCAUGGGCACUUACACAUUGACCGUGUACAGAGAAAAUUGUUUAGUUGGACUUUUUUCUAUUUGUUCCUCUGAGCCAGUGCAAAGCAAUCAUUAUAUGUUUGAUGGGGACAGUGUACAAGGAGCUCUACUUUCAGUUUAAAGGAGUGGAGGGAGCUUUACUCUGUAUCUAACCCUGCACCAUCCCUGUCCAGGGAGUGUUUGAUGGGGACAAUGUAGAGGGAGCUUUACUCUGUAUCUAACCCUGCACUGUCUCUGUCCUGGGACUGUUUGAUGGGGAACAUUGUAAAGGAAGCUUGACUCUGUAUCUAACUCCAUGCUGUCCCUGUCCUGUGAAUGUUUGAUGGGGAACAGUGUAGAGGGAGCUUUACUUUCAGUCUAAAAGAGUAGAGAGAGCUUUACUUUGCAUCUAACCCCGUGCUGUCCCUGCAAAGUUUUGUGAAAGAAAAUCCCUCAUUAUUCCAUAAACGCAAAGCCUUGAUACGGAUAAAUCUCCUUUUCAAAUAA